CCAUAUCCACUCUUUCCCAAGCAGAGCGUACUCGAACACAGCAUCUAGUGAAUUUUUCAAUAGGGCGGUUGUAUAGACAAAAACUCUCGGGCCCGAUGUAAUACCUCCAAUCUGUCUAUUCCAACGUUGUGUGAUCGAUGCUCGCGCCUGCUAAUCUCGCAUAUGUAUCCGGCGUUUUGCGUGCUCGGCUGGCUUUUCCUUUGCUUCCUUUCUUUCCACUACCUGGACCAAUCUCGUACAAAUUUUCCGUACAUGAUACCAUAUGAGGUGUACAUGUCUUCUGAACUGCGUUGCAUAGCUGUGGCAGAACAUAGUAAUCUUUUCCUCUGUGGAGGCUGGGUCGUCUUUCUUCGUCGCUUAUAUUUGCCUGGACAUGUCUUUCCUUUCUUCAUGAUAUCUCCUCGUCUCACCCAGCAUGAGAUCAAUGAAUUGCUUGCCUGGAUGUGGCAUGUUGCCGACUGACUGUGUAAAUUAGGUAUAUGGGCCUGCAGUACAGGACCUUAAUGUAAUUGUGCUAGCUCAUGAACAUAUCUUACAUGGUUCAAACAACCG